AUGCAUCCAGAGUCAACCUUACAGGACGCAUUGAAAAACAAUCGCCCAAAGCUCGAGGGGCUGAGGCGGAAGCAAGUAAUAUUUGAUAAACAGUGGGAGAAAUUGUUUCCUUCCUUAGAUAAACCGCCAGACUCGAAAGACUUUGACAUUACCCUCUUACACUUACUACUCCGUGAAAUUUGUCAUCUAUCGGCUCCUUCGACCGGAUGGCACGAAAUGCCUGCCGACACCGAUGCCAGCCCUGAAGCCAGCAUCGUGCGUAUCAAAUGCUAUAGAAAUGAGCUCUGCCACAGUGUUUCUACAGGAGUUCCGAAUGACGAGUUCGAAGACAAGUGGAACAAAACAUCUUCGUCUUUAGAAGUACUCGAGGUUGCCGCCUACCGGAAGAAACUACAGUCCCUGAAGAGUGCUACUAUCGAUCACAAAGCUCAAUUGGUUGAAGAGGAACUCAAACAAUGGAGGAAGGAGAAAGAACUUGAGAAGAUUGGAAAAGUCUCUGAACUAUCCAGUUGUCUACCUGAUGACUUGUCAGAAGAACAUGUUAUCGGCCGUGGUGAUCAAAUACAAGACAUCAAAGAAAAAGUUCAAAGUGGAACAGCUCCUGUAAUUCUGAUCACUGGUGGACCGGGAUUCGGAAAGACGACCGUAGCAAAGCGAGUGGCCUGUGAAUUAGCCAAACCCGAAAAUAGAAGAAUAAAUAGAAGUGUUGUUUUGUAGCUUAUCAUCAAAGACUACUUUCAACGAAACGACUAUGGAAAUGAUCAACUCAUGUCGUAAAGUGGUCAACACGCAAGUGCCAGAGAAUCCGGGGCAGUGGCUCAAAGACUGGAGCAAACAAAUUCAAGAGCAGGUCACUUUUGUGCUUGACAAUGCAGAUGGUGUCAUCGAGUCUGAAGAUCGAGAAUUGUUCCUUGAUUUCUUACGUGAUGUAAGAAUGUUUUCGCGACAAAAUGUCACAUUUGUGAUAACUACAAGAAGAACAUUUCAAAAUACCGACCUGAAACCAAAAGAAGUCAGGCUACGCGAGUUGUCAAACGAACAGGCCAGAAGUCUUCUAGUUGCUCAAGUUCACCUCCACGAACAAGGUUUCCAGCAACAACUCUCUAAAGCAGAGCGCAUUGUAGAACUCUGUGGCUGUGUUCCUCUGGCCCUGUGCAUUGUUGGAUCUCUACUUUCAGAUUACACCGAAGAAACUCUUAUUAAAAACUGGAGAAAGAACCACUUGCUGUACUAG